GGGCAAGGAGCUCUAUUGUACACCGGUUCAUAUCUGGCUCUAGACAAGAUGCUUGGAACAAAACAAGUAGUCGGUAAAGAUAUGGUGGAGAAAUGACUACUUGAAAAUAAUUUGACACUGGGGAGUUGCGAAUGGAGCCGAAGCUUCCUUCCUUCUGGGAUGGCAGGUGUUGCUGGUGAUGGAGGCAGCAGCAGAGAAGUCGUCCCUCCUUCUCCACCUCCAGAGUCGGGAAGCUGAACGCUCUGAAACAGGAAGUGUGGCAGACAGACACCACAGCCAUGACCACCCACGUCACUUUGGAAGAUGCCCUGUCCAACGUGGACCUGCUGGAGGAGCUGCCUCUCCCGGACCAGCAGCCAUGCAUCGAGCCUCCGCCGUCCUCCAUCAUGUACCAGGCUAACUUUGACACGAACUUCGAGGACAGGAAUGCAUUUGUCACGGGCAUUGCAAGGUACAUUGAGCAGGCAACGGUCCACUCCAGCAUGAACGAAAUGCUGGAGGAGGGACACGAGUAUGCGGUCAUGCUGUACACCUGGCGCAGCUGCUCCCGGGCCAUCCCACAGGUAAAGUGCAAUGAACAGCCCAACCGGGUAGAGAUCUACGAGAAGACGGUGGAAGUACUGGAGCCAGAGGUCACCAAGCUCAUGAAGUUCAUGUACUUUCAGCGCAAGGCCAUCGAGCGCUUCUGUAGCGAGGUGAAGCGGCUGUGCCAUGCCGAGCGCAGGAAGGACUUUGUCUCGGAGGCCUACCUGCUGACCCUGGGCAAGUUCAUCAACAUGUUCGCAGUCUUGGAUGAGCUAAAGAACAUGAAGUGCAGCGUCAAGAACGACCACUCUGCCUACAAGAGAGCGGCCCAGUUCCUAAGGAAGAUGGCGGACCCCCAGUCCAUUCAGGAGUCUCAGAACCUGUCUAUGUUCCUGGCCAAUCACAACAGGAUCACCCAGUGUCUUCACCAGCAACUGGAAGUGAUUCCAGGCUAUGAGGAGCUGCUGGCAGACAUUGUCAACAUCUGCGUGGAUUACUAUGAGAAUAAGAUGUAUCUGACACCCAGUGAGAAACACAUGCUCCUCAAGGUGAUGGGCUUUGGCCUCUACCUGAUGGAUGGAAACGUCAGUAACAUUUACAAACUGGAUGCCAAGAAGAGAAUCAACCUUAGCAAAAUCGAUAAGUUCUUUAAGCAGCUGCAGGUGGUACCCCUUUUCGGCGACAUGCAGAUAGAGCUGGCCAGAUACAUUAAGACCAGUGCUCACUAUGAAGAAAACAAGUCCAAAUGGACAUGCACUCAGAGCAGCAUCAGCCCCCAGUACAACAUCUGUGAGCAGAUGGUUCAGAUCCGGGAUGACCACAUCCGUUUCAUCUCUGAGCUGGCUCGCUACAGCAACAGCGAGGUGGUGACAGGCUCAGGGCUGGACAGCCAGAAGUCGGAUGAAGAGUACCGGGAGCUUUUUGACCUGGCCCUUCGAGGCCUGCAGCUUCUAUCCAAGUGGAGUGCCCAUGUCAUGGAGGUGUACUCUUGGAAGCUGGUUCACCCCACAGACAAGUUCUGCAACAAGGACUGCCCGGGAACAGCGGAAGAGUACGAGCGAGCCACGCGCUACAAUUACACCAGCGAGGAGAAGUUUGCCUUCGUGGAGGUGAUCGCCAUGAUCAAGGGCCUGCAGGUGCUCAUGGGAAGGAUGGAGAGUGUCUUCAACCAGGCCAUCCGCAACACUAUUUAUGCGGCCCUGCAGGAUUUCGCCCAGGUGACAUUGCGCGAGCCGUUGCGGCAAGCAGUGCGCAAGAAAAAGAAUGUCCUUAUCAGUGUCCUGCAGGCAAUUCGCAAGACCAUCUGUGACUGGGAGGGAGGCCGAGAGCCCCCCAAUGACCCAUGUUUAAGAGGGGAAAAGGACCCCAAAGGCGGCUUUGACAUCAAGGUCCCCCGCCGCGCUGUGGGACCAUCCAGCACACAGGCCUGCCAGUGGUCCCCGAGGGCUUUGUUUCACCCCACUGGUGGCACACAGGGCCGAAGAGGCUGCCGAUCCCUGCUCUACAUGGUCCGUACCAUGCUGGAGUCGCUCAUCGCCGACAAGAGCGGUUCCAAGAAGACACUCCGAAGCAGCCUGGACGGACCCAUCGUCCUCGCCAUAGAGGACUUCCACAAGCAGUCCUUCUUCUUCACACACUUACUCAACAUCAGCGAAGCCCUACAACAGUGCUGUGACCUCUCCCAGCUCUGGUUCCGAGAGUUCUUCCUGGAGUUAACCAUGGGCCGGCGCAUCCAGUUCCCCAUUGAGAUGUCCAUGCCCUGGAUUCUAACGGACCAUAUCCUGGAAACCAAAGAGCCUUCCAUGAUGGAGUAUGUCCUCUACCCCUUGGAUCUGUACAACGACAGUGCCUACUAUGCUCUCACCAAGUUCAAAAAGCAGUUCCUCUAUGACGAGAUUGAAGCCGAGGUGAACCUGUGUUUUGAUCAGUUUGUCUACAAGCUGGCAGACCAGAUCUUUGCCUACUACAAAGCCAUGGCCGGCAGUGUCCUGUUGGAUAAACGUUUUAGAGCUGAAUGUAAGAAUUACGGAGUGAUCAUUCCGUACCCACCAUCCAACCGCUAUGAGACGCUGCUAAAACAGAGACAUGUCCAGCUAUUGGGUAGAUCAAUUGACUUGAACAGACUCAUCACCCAGCGGAUUUCUGCUGCCAUGUACAAAUCCUUGGACCAGGCCAUCAGCCGCUUUGAGAGUGAAGAUCUGACUUCGAUUGUGGAGCUAGAGUGGCUGCUGGAGAUUAACCGCCUCACGCACCGACUCCUCUGUAAGCACAUGACACUGGACAGCUUCGACGCCAUGUUCCGAGAAGCCAAUCAUAAUGUGUCUGCCCCGUAUGGCCGCAUCACCCUGCAUGUCUUCUGGGAGCUGAACUUUGACUUCCUCCCCAACUACUGCUAUAAUGGAUCCACAAACCGUUUUGUCCGAACUGCCAUCCCCUUCACCCAAGAACCACAACGAGAUAAACCCGCCAACGUCCAGCCUUAUUACCUCUAUGGAUCCAAGCCUCUCAACAUUGCCUACAGCCACAUCUAUAGCUCCUACAGGAACUUUGUGGGGCCCCCUCACUUCAAGACCAUCUGCAGACUGCUGGGCUACCAGGGCAUUGCCGUGGUCAUGGAGGAACUACUAAAAAUCGUCAAGAGCCUGCUCCAAGGCACCAUUCUGCAGUACGUGAAGACGCUGAUAGAGGUGAUGCCGAAAAUAUGCCGAUUGCCUCGGCAUGAGUAUGGCUCCCCAGGGAUCCUGGAGUUCUUCCACCAUCAACUGAAGGACAUCAUCGAGUAUGCAGAACUCAAAACAGACGUGUUCCAAAGCCUCAGAGAGGUGGGCAAUGCCAUCCUGUUCUGUCUCCUCAUAGAGCAAGCUCUGUCUCAGGAGGAAGUCUGUGAUCUGCUUCAUGCUGCACCCUUCCAAAACAUUCUGCCCAGAGUCUACAUCAAAGAGGGGGAGCGCCUAGAAGUCCGGAUGAAGCGUCUGGAAGCCAAGUACGCCCCACUUCACCUGGUCCCCCUGAUAGAACGGCUGGGAACUCCUCAGCAAAUCGCCAUCGCUCGGGAAGGUGACCUGCUGACCAAGGAGCGGCUCUGCUGUGGCCUGUCCAUGUUCGAAGUCAUCCUGACCCGAAUUCGGAGCUACCUGCAGGACCCCAUCUGGAGGGGCCCGCCACCCACCAAUGGCGUCAUGCAUGUGGACGAAUGUGUCGAAUUCCACCGGCUGUGGAGUGCCAUGCAGUUUGUCUACUGCAUCCCUGUGGGGACCAACGAGUUCACAGCUGAGCAGUGCUUCGGGGACGGCUUGAACUGGGCAGGCUGCUCCAUCGUCGUCUUGCUGGGCCAGCAGCGGCGCUUUGACCUGUUCGACUUCUGUUACCAUCUGCUGAAAGUGCAAAGGCAGGACGGGAAGGAUGAGAUCAUUAAGAACGUGCCCCUGAAGAAGAUGGCUGACCGCAUCAGGAAGUACCAGAUCUUGAACAAUGAGGUUUUUGCCAUCCUGAACAAGUACAUGAAGUCCGUGGAGACAGACAGCUCCACUGUGGAGCACGUGCGCUGCUUCCAGCCCCCAAUCCACCAGUCACUGGCCACCACCUGCUAGGCAGACAGUCCCGCAGACCUUCAACCUGGAGGCGGAGGAGGAGAAGCAGGAGAGGAAACACGGUGGUCAGCCUGCAGCAGGUCCAGCUGACAGUGUGUGGAACUGGCCUAGAAGGAAAAGAAAACCUCCCCAACACAUCUGCACCACUCCCAAGGGCUGGGCUCCUGCAUGUUCUCCUGUGAUAUCUCCAUGGUGGGUUUUCCAUAGUGUAAAUGAAAAACAACAAAAACACAGGGCAGUGUGUGUUUUCUUAUUUUUUUUUUUUUUACCUUGACUAUAUCUAAGAGCUAUGAUUCUAUCCUGCGGCUCCCCACCCCAUCUGUGUUUGCUUCCAAGACCACCUCCCAACAUCAUAACCCCCUACCCAGUAUCCAUAUGUGAUCCAGCACUGUAGUCUUAGGGACUAAGAAGAAGAGAGUGUAGCCAUAGCAGAGGGAUCUGCCUGACCCAAUCGUGUGCCUCAGCUUACUGGCCUGUGUUCUGUGGCUUCCCCCUCCAGUUCACUGGUAACAUUGCUCCCUGGUCGAGAUGUUAGGGAUUCCAUCAACAAGGUUUGACCCUUGGUGAACCAGGAAGAGAUUUCGGACUGUCAAGACAAUAGAUGAUGUUGGCCAGGAUCUUUUAUAGUCUCCUAAGACCCACCCUAGACCCUCCUUGCAGACCAGUCCUAGAGAGAAGAAAAGGAUUUCAAAACCAUAUCACAGUGAGUGGGAGUAGGUGAAGAAAGCAGCCAGGCCUACCGUGUAGAAGCAACCCUGUGGGCACAGGCCAAAACUUCAGAUCCCAGAGGAGAGAUGUUAGGCCUUGUCACCAGGGUGGGAAGAUGAGGCACCCCUGUUCCUCAUGCAGAUGCUUAGCACUGGACCACAUGGGUAAUGGACAUGUCGGCCAUGGCACAACACAUACCAUUAGCCAGCGACCCAGUUAGUGAGUUCUUAACACAGGACCUCAUCCAAGAAAAUCCCACAUGAAGGAACAUGUUAAGGGGUUACUUCAACAGACACCUACACCAUCUUGGAGACAGGGAGGCAAGGAGGAAAACUGCUUGUCAACAAGCUUUCAAUCCCAAGACACACCCCCGCAAAAGUCGUCGUCUUUGAGCAAACUGGAAUUUUCAUCAUGUCAGCUGCUGAAAGGCUUGGAACCUUUUAUUCUUUUGCUCUCAACUUCCUGGUCCCUUCCUUUUACACAUGUUCAGUGCUAGGGUAGAGAUUCUCUCACAGGGGUGUUACUAACUUCUACUUUCCAGACUAACUAAAAUGCCCCUGCAGAAUCUCUACCUGUAGGAGAUCUUUAAGGAGAUGGCCAUGUCUCCAUACAGAGCUAGUCAUCUGACUUGCAGAGGGAGGCCAUAAUUCUGAGCCCCCAAAACAUAGGAAGUGGAUUAUAGGUACUCUGCCAACCCAGUGAGAAAGUGAGAGGAGAGAGGACUAGCCAUCCCCUCCCCCAGGAAGAUGACUGACAUCCAUCACCAUGUUUAACCACACGGAGAACAGCAGAGAUGUGUAUACAGUGCCUUGAGACACGCGGCCAUGUAUUCCACAGUGAGGCCAUGUAAAUUGGAACCCUUGAGGGCCAUCCACUUGAGUGUUCAUUUCUGGACAUGCCUCUGACGUACUAAGUCAGAAUCUCUGGGAAGAGGGCCAGAAGAUCUACUCUACUGCACACCACAGAUUCAGAGCCCCUGUUCUAGGCUCUGCAGUCUAAGCAAGAACCGGCAUCAUUGGUAGUUUAGGGGCGUGGUUCAAAAUGGAAACUAGUCAGUCCUCCUGUCUGGCACUGUCACUUCCUAGUCUCACCUUUUGUUUCCUUUGAUGACCAUAGAUCUACCCCAGAGGCAGAGUCCACCUUCCAGAUUUUCAGUCCUGGCUGGGACGAGUACUUGACUCUGAGAUUACCAGAUUUUACACUCUAGAGGCAGUCUGAAGCCCUCCAUCCUUGCUCUGUAGAGAUUGGGGCCAUUCCCUUCAUAAGUUGGCCUUUCUGGCAGCUCAUCCCUCCCACCCUGCACUCAUGACCCCAAAAGUUGACCCUCUGGGAAGAGUCACUUUCUCAAGAGAUUUGAUCCCAAUAAAAUGAGGUCCUCCCUUUGAGGGUGGGGCUCAUGUUUCCUCAGCACUUGUCCGUGGAUACUGGACAACUUCAAUGUUCUUUCCUCUCUAGUGGUCCUUGUCCCCCCAGCCUUUUUGAUUUUUUUUUAUGUAUUUAAAAAUCAAGAAAAAAAAUCUUAGAUUUUAAAAUGUUUUAAAGAAUUCUGUUUCAGGAACUGUCAAAUGUGUACCAUAUUUGUAUUAAGAGUUGUUGGGGGAUUUUUGUACAAUGAAUUGACAUUUAUUUAUGGUGAACUUAUAUUUACGCUCGUGAUCAAAUGAUGUUAAAUUCUUAAAUCAUAUUUGCUAUGCAGCUGAAGAUGAUAUUUUGAUUUGUAUUUUGGGGGUACCUGUGUUUAGUUGAUAAACAUUUUCAUCUCCAUUAAAAUCCGCUUCCAAACCA